AUGUGGGCCGCAGGGCGGUGGGGGCCUGCUUCUCCCCUUCUCGAACCCCGUUUCAUGGCCGACUGCAGGUCCGGGUCUCGGCCGUCCUCGGGCUUCUCUGUUCUCUUGGCAGGCGCCCGGGGGCCGGGCCUGGAGGCGGUGGAGGUAUGCUCGCUGUCGCCACCGCUGAGCUGCAGCAAUUCCACCCUGUCGCUGUUGUCUCCCCUCGGCCACCAGAGCUUCCCGUUUGACAACGACGAUGGUGACGGGGAGGAGGAGGAAGAUGUGGGCGAAGAUGCUUAUGACUCAGAGGCCAAGGUGGAGAGCCUGAGAGGAGUGGAGUUACAGGGGUGCACCAGUACGGUUGGAUCCGAAGAUAACCAAGAAGAACAGAAGCAGGUGCACUUACCAGAAAGCAGCCUGACACCGUGGGAAGUGUGGUUUGUUGGCAAAGAAAAAGUAGAACGUGACCGUCUGCAACAGAAGGCUCUAGAGGAAUUAAAUCAACAACUAGAAAAAAAGAAAGAAGUGGAAGACCGUGAAAAGAGAAAGAUAAUUGCUGAAGAAAAGCACAAGGAAUGGGUUCAGAAAAAGAAUGAACAGAAAAGAAAAGAAAGGGAACAAAAAAUUAAUAAAGAAAUGAAAGAAAAAGCAGCAAAGGAAUUGGAGAAAGAACAUUUACAAGAAAAAGCAAAGGAAAAAUAUCAAGAAUGGUUAAAGAAAAAAAAUGCUGAAGAAUGUGAGAAGAAGAAGAAAGAAAAGGAAAAAGAAAAACAACGGCAGGCUGAAUUACAGGAGAAAAAGGAAAUAGCAGAAAAAAAGUUUAAGGAAUGGUUGGAAAAUGCAAAAAAUAAACCUCGUCCAGCUGCAAAGAGCUAUGGUUAUGCCAAUGGAAAACUCACAGGUUUUUACAGUGGGAAUUCUUAUCCAGAACCAGCCUUUUAUAACCCAAUUCCAUGGAAACCAAUUCCUAUGCCUCCUUCUAAAGAAGUGAAGGAUCUAUCAGGAAAGAAGACUAAAAGGCCUGUGAUAAGCCAGCCUCAUAGGGCAUCCUCUCUGGUAAUGCAUAAAGCUAGAAGCAAUCUUUGCCUUGGAACUCUAUGCAGAAUACAAAGAUAG